GAUUGGUUCAAAUGGUUAGCUAACUGAUAUAACAGAGGAGAGAGCGUCUUAUCUGUUAUCGACUGGGUAAGAAGAAGAAAGACAGAAACAGAGAUGGCGAAUUCACUCGGCUUCUUCUCUUCUCCUCCUCUUACGUUUUGCCUCCUUCAAUCUCCCAGCAACAGUGUUAAACCUACUCACUUCUUCCCCAUUGGUGAUAAGAAGUUGGCUCAGAAGAAAGAAGUAUUUCAGACUUCCAAAUCCAAAAGUUUUGAGAUUCAGGCCACAAACGGUACUCAGACUACUAAAUCGAGCAGCAUAGUUUGUCAAAACUGUGAAGGGAAUGGUGCUGUGGCAUGUUCUCAAUGCAAAGGAGGUGGUGUGAACUUGACUGAUCAUUUUAACGGGCAGUUUAAAGCUGGUGGCCUCUGUUGGCUCUGCAGAGGUAAAAGGGAGGUUUUGUGUGGAGAAUGCAAUGGAGCUGGUUUCAUUGGUGGUUUCUUGAGCACCUUCGAUGAGUAAUGGAGAAAAGCUUCUUCAAAAAUGUGAUUAGAAGUAGUCUUUCUCUAUCUGUCAAUGCUCUUCUAAAACCAAAAUGUAUUACUUUUGUUAUUGAACACCCUCUUUUAUUGUAUUCUUGUUUCAUAAAUGCCACUCUCUCACAUAAA